CGUGGACAAUGGCUGGCCUGGACCGCCUCCGGCGCGAACUACAGGUCCCAGCGUGCUCCACGGCGAUUGUACGCAUGCGCGGGGCGGGUUGCUGCGUCCACCGCGCAGGGAGGCGGGCGCGCACGGACGGGUGGGUCCGUCUUCUGGUUGUGGGGCGGAGGUGGUGGCCAGCCCUGGGAACCGGACGGCGGCGGGCGGUUCGUGCGGAUCCUGAGAGAGACCAGCGGCGCCAGCCAGAUCCUUGUUGUGCCGCAGACACACAGUGGCUACUAGCAACUGCAGAGGCCUCCACAGAAAGGCCCACCAGUGGAACAGAGCGGUGGACGCAGCAGACUGCAGGGGCUGGUGAGCUUUAAGACAAAGCAGGAAUCAUUGCUUAAGAGCAUCAGGUGACACCCACACUGGGAAGCAUGGCGCUGCCGUUCCGGAAGGACCUGGAGAAGUACAAGGACCUGGAUGAGGAUGAGCUGCUCGGGAAGCUGUCUGAGCUGGAGCUGAAGCAGCUGGAGACUGUUCUGGAUGAUCUAGAUCCCGAGAAUGCCCUUCUGCCUGCAGGGCUCCGGCAGAAGAACCAGACGUCCAAGGCUGCCACUGGCCCGUUUGACAGAGACCACCUCCUCUCAUACCUGGAGAAGGAAGCGUUGGAGCAUAAGGAUAGGGAAGACUACGUGCCCUACACUGGGGAGAAGAAAGGGAAAAUAUUUGUCCCCAAACAGAAGCCCAUACAGACCUUUACGGAAGAAAAUAUCUCUCUUGACCCAGAGUUAGAAGAAGCUCUCACGAGCGCUUCUGAUACGGAGCUGUGCGACCUUGCAGCUAUCCUUGGGAUGCACAACUUGAUAACAAAUACUCAGUUCUGCAACAUUGUAGGAAGUAGUAAUGGUGUUGACCAAGAGCACUUUUCAAAUGUGGUGAAAGGCGAAAAGAUUGUCCCAGUAUUUGAUGAGCCACCAAAUCCAACCAAUGUUGAGGAGAGCUUGAGGAGAAUUAGGGAGAACGACGCCCACCUUGUUGAGGUCAAUCUGAACAAUAUAAAGAACAUCCCAAUUCCGACCCUGAAGGACUUUGCGAAGGCUUUGGAAAGCAACACUCAUGUGAGACACUUCAGCCUUGCAGCCACCAGGAGCAACGACCCUGUGGCUGUGGCCUUCGCGGACAUGCUGAAAGUGAACAGAACUUUGAGGAGCUUAAACGUGGAGUCCAACUUCAUCACAGGGGUGGGGGUUCUGGCACUGAUUGACGCCCUCAGAGAUAACGAGACCCUGGCAGAGCUCAAGGUGGACAAUCAGAGGCAGCAGCUGGGAACGGCUGUUGAGUUAGAAAUGGCCAAGCUGCUUGAGGAAAAUACAAACAUCCUGAAGUUCGGCUAUCAGUUUACACAGCAGGGACCCCGCACCAGGGCUGCCAAUGCCAUCACCAAAAACAAUGACUUAGUGCGCCAGAGGCGAGUCGGAGGGGACUACCAGUAAGCGCCUGCGGCGCGCCUCCGGAAGGCCCUCGCGUGCCGUGCCAGCUGGUGGAGACCUCUCCUGGGUAGAAGGGAAAAGACUGGAAAUCUUUCUACUAUAUACAUUAUUUUCUAGUUUAAGUUGUUAUCAGUUUCAAAUUGUAAAUCAGUAGUAGGUGAUAUUUUAUAUUUUGAAGCAUUUCUACUUUCUAUAAUGUUUUUUAAGUUAGCAUAAUUUUAUGAAUGAUUUAUAAUGAGUCUUGGGCAAAAAAUACAAUUAUGACAAUAUUUCACAAGUCAUUUAUGCAGAAAAAUUUGAACAUUUUUUAGGAUCAGUAUUUUUAAACCAAAAGAGACACUGCUAAUCUCAGAAUUACUGUUGCUUCUAGGUAUAAAGGCCCUUGAGAGCAAGCUUUUUACCGCGUAGCUACAGACCUUUAAGCAUCUUAAAAAUACAUGAAUUUGGCAAGGAUAUAUUUUUUUCCUUAUUAAGGAAACACACCAGAAUUUUAAACCUGAUGGCUCAGAAUCUGAUGUUGAGGAGCCGCCGCCGCUGCCACCACCCUGGGGUGGGGGGAGAGGGUACACAGCUGUCAGGUGGCUGUGUCGCCUAGGGCUGGGGCAACCCGGGGGCCUGGGGAAUUGACGUGUCAGCUCUGCCAGCCUGAGUGCUUUGUUUAAAUAUGAUUAUGUCUGUUGCAAAGUUGUCAUUUAAUGUGGGCAUUACUAAGUCCUGUAAAAGGGCCUGGAGAUGGCUCAGUGGAAUAAGCGCCUCCCUGGCAAGUGCAAGGGCCUGAGUUCAAGCCCCAGUUCUGCCAGAAAAAAGCUAGUAAAUAGGGCUACCCAGUGUUCUUUGUUCUAAACCCCAGAAAAUAUCUGUGAGAGGGUUAGAAUCCCCCCCGGAGCCCUAAGUCCUGUAAAAACAUCCGAUAGAAAAGCUGCUUUCCUCUCCAAUAAAAAGGCAGAGCCACGUGUCACUUAGCGCAGGCAGGAGGAAGUAUGCUGCUGCUCCGUGAAAGCGGAGCUCGAGCGUGUGCCCGCGGGGUCCUGGUGUGCUCCAGUCCAGAAUCGCCUCAGAGCUCGUGCGUGCGGCCAAAGGAGAGACUGCUGCUUUUCAGAAGCCUGACUUGCGUGUGUGCCUCCUGUCGCCCUGUGCUGCCUGGAAUCCGCGUCCUGGAGUCCUUGCUGCCCGCAGAGCACUGGGGG